AUGGGACACAGCGAUUAUUCGGUUGCCUCUGCACACGCUUUGCGAGGGUCACAAUUACUGGGGGAGCGCGAAGCACAUGAAUUGCAUCGGCAGCAGCAGAAGCAGUCUAUGGACCAGUUGAAGGAUGAAAGCCGAUCAAGACGUCAGUCUAGAGAGCGCAAAAGUGUGCGUUUCACGCCCAGCACGAAUUUCAACAACGAGAGCGAGCCAGACGUAUCGACCGACACUGACAUUUUCACACAGUCUCCACAUGCCUCUCGAGGCAGCGUAUCGUCCAUUGAUUUUGCGGAGUCCUUGCCACAGGUCAGGGUGGCUAGGGAGGCCAGCGUGCAACUGCUCAAGCCUGUGGUCUAUUCGCCUCCGCAAGACAGCGCAAAUCUCCUACUUCCAGCAACGACAUACAGUCCCUCUUCGGUGAGCGUGAAAAAGAGAGUUGAGGAGUACGAGGCACUUCCGGACCACAUUUCCAGCACUCAGGUCGAUCUUCGUAUUGACACUGACGAUCUCAGCCAUAAGAGAAGUCCAAGCGGCUCCAGCACAUCAUCUGGAUCCGGACGCUCGCGACAGAAGGACGACAUCUACUUCACCCCGGUCGACGUCACGAGGUCACAAAUAUUUCUCUCCAGCCCAGUCAGCAGUCCUUCUGCCAGUCCAGACAGUCCCACACUUCCGCGCGAGACCGACGACGAUGACGAGUGUCCGACACCAAGGGCUUCGAGAGCACUUUCGCGUCGUCCAAGCCAGGUCUAUGUUGGUGGUGUGGAGAAGCUCAACAUCAAAGACGAUGCGUUGAAGAUCACGCCUGUGCAACUCGAUCAGCUUGUGGUUGCUCUUGCAAAAUCUCGAAUGCUCGUGAAGCAUGUAUCCGGAGAUUGGUGGGAUCUUGACGAUGUUCCCGAUGAUGAGAGUGUCGUCUCGUCAUUUAGCCAAGUCUCGUUGCCAACGCUGACAUCUGCCUCAACCUUAUACACUCGGCAGAAUGAGAAUUUCGUCAAUGACCAACGCAACACCAAUAGCUCACAAUCGCAAGGCCAGAUGCCCAGAGUCGCCGCACAGAAUGGAGCUUUUGGUGGUGUUGCCCUCUGCGAUACCAAGGUCCAUGGCACACCAGUACGCUUCGUUUCCAAAAAUUACAGACAUGGUUCUAGCAUUCUCGACGUGGGGACCUGCACUUAUCUCAGCGUUACCUACGGCACGGAAGUAGAAUGUGCUUUGAGUAUAGAAGCUCCCUCAAACGGCAGCUCUGGUACCAGAAUUGUACUGCAAUGCAAAACGCAAGUGGUGGAUCGCAAAAGUGGCAAGCAAGUGUACACUCUCAUGGCGGAGGAAGACGUGACAAAAGGUUUCAUCAAAGCAGCUCUAGCCGAACUCGCAGAAGCCAGAGGCAAAGCAUACGACGAUAUCAAGAUCGCAAGUCCCUCGCAAGAUUCUGCGACAGAAUCUCCCGACAUCGACUGGGUGGAAUUUGCAGAUGAGCUUCAAGCCGCGGCCGACGUGAGUGAUCUCGUGGACGAAACGGCUGCCAUCUUCAAAACGCUCGAAUCCGAAACUGCGAGCAUGCAGACGUUGACAUUGAUGUCCUCUCUCGAUCGCAUUAAGGAAAAUUACGAGGACUUCCUCAUUCUUCGACCCAUAGCUUUCCACGAUAAUGGUUUGCCAUCCAGUAUGCGACUUCCGUGGGUAUCUCAGAGGCUCUACACGGAUUGGUACCAAUCUAAGAAGAUUGGUGAUGAUGAGGUGGCUCCAGGUGAUACGCAGGAAGCACAGGAUUUUCAGGCGUGCAUUGUUGCUAAUGUGGCUAAGCAAGGCGCAAAGGCUCAAGCUUUCGAUUGUGAAGCGUAUUGGGGUGAGCACAACAAGCAGUAUCUCCAUUGUGUACCGCUGAUGGAGAAUUCGGAAGGUCAUUGUGAUGCUUGGGCUUGUUUUGUGCGAGGUGAGUUCAUUAUCGACCCGUAG